CCAGGUAUACAUGGAUUUACCUUCUUCGUCUAAAAUCAGAUCUUCGUUCUGUGACCAUAGAAUUUCUUGAUAUGGUGCAAACUCAAUUCGAUCGAACAGUCAAAAUCAUUCGAUCUGAUCCUGGUGGAGAGUUCAGCUCCGGUCCCUUACAUGAUGUCUAUCGCUCUCGCGGUAUCUUAAGCCAAAUGUCAUGUCCAGGAGUUUCUCAACAGAACGGUCUAGUUGAACGGAAAAACAGACACGUUAUGGAACUCACUCGAGCUCUCUUACUUGCUUCCUCUGUUCCUAGUCGUUUUUGGCCUGAGGCAGUAGUGACAGCUGUGAAACUUAUUAAUUAUCAAGUCACUCCUGUUCUAAAACAGACUAGUCCUUACUAUGCUCUCUAUGGUCAUCAUCCUGAUUAUUCCCGUCUUAGAGUUUUUGGAUGUCUCUGUUUUGUUCUUCUCCCUCCACGUGAACGUUCUAAGCUGACCUCUAAAACCGCUCGUUGUGUCUUCCUAGGAUAUAGCAGUGUUCAUAAAGGGUAUCUAUGUUACGAUCCUUCGAGGCAGCGUAUGCGUAUAGCAACUUCUGUUAUCUUUUUUGAACACCAAAUGUUCCAUUCAUCCAAAUCCGUGUCUGAUGAUGAGUUUUUGGGUACUUCCAAACCCUUACCAAUUUUUGAUGAUGUUGAUGGUGAUGAAUACCUCCUGCCCAAUGAUCUUGAUGUUCCCCCUUCCCCACACGGUCUGUCUUCCUCCUCAUCAAGUGCUACAGGUUCGGCUUUAUCCUCAGGUGGCAGCAUUUUUGACUUGUCCCCAGGCGCAUCAUCCUCCGACAGCAGCGACUUGGAUUCUUCUCCAGCCAGCUUUUCUCCGCCACCUGUCCAGCCACCACUUAGGCGUUCCACUAGAUCCACAAAAGGGGUUCCUCCCCCUAGUCAUGAGGACUACGUAGCUCAUGGGGUGGACACAUUACUUGUCCCUACUACAUACAAGCAAGCCCGAGGAAAUCCCAUAUGGGAUCGUGCCAUGCAGGAAGAAUUUGGAGCUUUAGAAGCAAAUCGAACAUGGACUGUGGUAGAUCGCCCGGUUCCUUGUCCUCCUACCAUUGGCAGUAGAUGGGUUUACGCUAUUAAAGUUCGUUCUGAUGGGUCAGUGGAGCGUAACAGGGCCAGGUUAGUUGCUCUUGGCUACACACAGGAGCAUGGGGUGGAUUAUAAUGAGACAUUUGCUCCUGUGGCCAAGAUGUCUACAGUUCGAACCUUACUUGCCGUUGCAGCAUUACAUAACUGGCCUCUGUAUCAACUUGAUGUGAAGAAUGCAUUUCUUCAUGGUGAUUUAGAAGAAGUGAUUUAUAUGGAACGUCCACCGGGAUACACUGUCGGUCGUGAAGAUCAAGUCUGUUUGCUACAUCAGUCUCUCUAUGGUCUUAAACAGGCGCCGCGGGCCUGGUUUGAGAAGUUUCAAGCAACCAUUGUUCAGCUGGGAUUCCGUCAAAGUCUUAAUGAUCCUUCUCUAUUCAUGAAGGUUACUUCUACUGGUAUUGUUGUUCUUCUUCUUUAUGUGGACGAUAUGGUUAUUACUGGUACUGACUCGAACGGAAUAUCUCAGCUAAAAGCAGGAUUAAAACAGGCAUUCAGUAUAAAGGAUCUCGGGACUCUCUCUUACUUCCUUGGUCUAGAGGUUAGUCGCAAUGAUCAAGGAAUUCUGCUCAGUCAACGGAAGUACAUUACUGAUCUUCUGGAUGAUCAUAACUUUAUUGAUUGUAAGCCAGUGAAGACUCCUAUGGAAGUAAAUCUGAAACUGCAAAAGGAUUCAGGAGAACGUCUGAAGGAUGGGUCUCAGUAUCGCAGCAUUGUAGGCAGUCUUAUAUAUCUUUCAGCUACCCGACCAGAUAUCUCGUAUGCAGUACAAGCAGUCAGUCAGUUUAUGACUGCUCCAUGUGUUGAUCAUCUUGCAGCUGUGCACCGCAUAUUGCGUUAUCUCCAAGGAACUCAGGAGGUCGGGAUUUUGUUUCCAUCUCACGGAACUCCUAAGAUUUCUGCUUUUUCGGAUUCUGAUUUUGCAGGAUGCAUUGAUACACGGCGGUCUACAUCAGGAUGGUGUGUGCGGUUUGGUGGUGCUUAUAUAUCGUGGCGAUGUAAGAAACAAGAUAAGGUGUCCAAAUCCUCUACUGAAGCUGAAUACCGAGCGAUGUCGGAGGUUGGUUCUGAAAUGGUAUGGCUACGUCGGCUCCUAUCUGAUUUUGGCAUUGCUUGUCCUACUCCUAUGGACCUAUAUGUUGAUAACACGAGUGCGAUUCGUAUUGCGGAGAAUCCGGUUCUGCAUGAUCGCACCAAACAUAUAGAGAUCCAUGUACAUUAUAUCCGUGAUCUUGUUCGUGAUGGAACUCUCGGACUUCAUCAUCUUCAGACCGAGGAGCAGGUUGCAGAUCUUUUCACCAAGGCCUUCUCCACAAGCCGGCAUUGGUAUCUGGGAAACAAAUUGAUGCUUCGAGAUCGGCAUCAAUUUGGGGGAGGAUGUUGAAUGAUGAUCAUAUUUGGGCUGCGGAUUAUGUGAGCUGUAGGUGAUUUGUGUAUUUAAUGAUGUAUGAUACGUGGGGCCCAUUGAUAAUUAAGCCCACACGUAAUGGUCAUGCAAGCCCAUGCAUAAGCUAGGUUAGUCGUGAGAGUGCUGAAACUAACCUAGGGGUUUCGAUCAUAGAUAUAUAGAGGUGAAGAGGGUUCUGCCGAUAUAUCAUCUUGUACACGGUUUUCAUCACAUCUCAGUAAAUCAGUAGCCUGAAGAGCGUUCAAGCUCUUCCGUGGAUUAGUCCUGGUUAUCCAGGGAUACCACGUAAACAUCGGUGUCUGUGUUUGAUCUCGUAUUCGUUAUUAUCAAUAUGUUUCUGUAUUCGUCAACAAAAAACACGUCUUUUUACGUCACAAUAACAUGUAUUUAUAGAUACGACGACGACGACGACGACACUGAGAGAAACAAAUGUCACCCGUAUUGAUCACUCACUCACUCACUCACUCGGUUGAGUCGAGAAUCCAAACUAAUUAUCAAUCAUAUGCUAUACAUUACAUCACCCUCGUAUGUAUUUGAUAUUUCUCCACCACCACCUAUUCUAUUCCUAAUUGCAAAAACCCCAUGGGAAACCGAAGGGCUCUUUUUUUCUUUUCUUUCUCAGACUCACGUUUCCUCCCUCUCGGGUUUUGGAAGUAUUGUUUGACGGCUGAGCUUGUUCUUAUAUAGAGGCACUGGUCCGGUGCCGCAGUGCGCGGUGGCGAAGGCAGCCACGGUGACUCCCGAUGACGUCGAGGAAACAAUCCGGUCCACGUGUCGUAAUCGCAUCAUUUUACGGUAGCGAAGGAAUGAAAUUCGUAAAUUCCUUUUCUUUUUCUCCCUCCGAAAUAAAAUCCUGGUUUUCAUUCAAUUUCUUCUCCCGUCUCCUUCUCCAACUCCGACGCCUUCUCUCUCUCUCUCUCUCGGCAGGGCAUUCUUUAUAUAGGAAAAAGGCGACAAAGCGAGGCAGAAAGCGGAUCAAUUAUGGUGGGUCAACCCAUUUUAAGCGACCUCCAGUGGGACCCACGAUUCUUUCUGACGUGGCCACUUGGGUCUCUCACCCUCAUUUAUUUAUUAAUAAAGUAAAAAUUAUUAAUCAACUAAACACUUGUGUUUAGAUGCCUGUGGGUGCCACGUAAGGUUGGCAAAAUCGGGACGGCUCCGUGACGUUAUCUUUCCCCUUUCCCUACUAUCUUUGAAGGGAAGAUAUUUCCUCUUUUACUGGCUGGAUUUUUGCGGGAAGGUAAAAGAUCCAACGCGACGAAUAAGUAGGGAGGCAGGAGUUAGGAGGGAUCGGGUUCGCACGUGGCAGACGGUUAGCGAGGCCACGUCAGGAUAAAGACGUUGCCACGCUGGAUAAUUUGUUAUUGUCUUUUUUUUUUCUUUUCUCGUGGGUUUUGAUGGUGCCCUGACAUGUUAACGCUCCGCCAGAGGCGCGUGGGGGUUGGAGAAUAAAGUCGGAGGUGGUUCUGCCACUUUUCGCUAGCGUUUCAUGCGAUUUAAUUAUUGUUUUUGAAAAUAUUGUUUUUUUUCUUUCAAUUUCACUCCUUUUUUAACUGCUGGCCUGACGGGGUGAAAUUUGACCGAGGCCACAGUAGAAAAUAAAUUUCGGUGGUUCUUUUUUGAAAUUCGGGGAAGAGGAAAUUUAGAAUAAGAAAAUAACAAUUAAAUAUUUGUUGUGGGUGAUUGGUGGGGCCCAAUCCACGUCAGCAGCAAGCUGCCACCAUCUCAAGGAACGUGACAAUAAGGCCAAGGCUAGGAAAUAAUAUAAUAUAUAAAUUUUUUAAUUAUAAUUUCCCAUUCUCUAGAUGGGGGGUGGGUUUGGCUAGUUGGGGAGCCGUGGGGCCCAACAUUUCUCGGAAGUUCCGUGACCGCGACUCGAGUUGCCUUCACGCACUGCACUUGCACUUGCGAGCAGCACCGAUCUCAGCCGUUGAGUUCUGUGGGGACAGCGAAUUCACGGCCAGAUCUAAGCGCACUGAGGAAAACGAUAUUAUUAAAUAUUAUCUGUACAAUAUUAUAUAAUAUUAAUAUUUAUGAUUUAUAAUUGGCAGUCCCGAGCCCGAGCCUUUUGGUUCGGCGCCAGUUAGGACUUUUUGUUAGCUGGUUGGAUUUUCAUUUAUUCUUUAUUCCUUCAAUAUAUAAUUUUUUCCCCUCUCUGAUACUGAUGGUGCCACAGCCAACAGCCACGUAGGAUUAUAAUCUAGCGGCCAGAAAACAUGUCAUUGGCACGACAAAUAGAUCUCAGCCGUCGAAUUUUCCGUGGUUAAUGAGGCGGGGCCCAUGGUGGGGUCGAUGUGGGGAAACGUACAGGUGUAUUUAUUUACUCUCAUCCGUAAGAAUUAUUAUUAUUUAGGUCUAAUUAAAAAAAAAAAGAGACAGAUGAGGUGGGUUUAAUUCGGAACGAAGGAAAGUGAUACGUGGAACCAGGAAUUAUAGAUUUGACCGGUUGGAGCUCUAUUUUCAGCGGUCACCUAGAUUCCUUGUUGCUUUUACCAAGGUCCCGCUUCACCGGCUAUAGCCGGUCACCGAGGGAAAAUUCAAGGCUUUCCUACCUUUUUUAUUUUUUUUAUUUAAUAUAUAAUCUAUUUAAUC